AUGAUGUUAAGCACAGCCAUUAUCGGCAUAAGGGAUAAAAAUAACAAACUGACACCAGUCCGAGCCAUUAUUGAUGGUGGUUCCCAAACUAGCUUAAUUACUCAAGAAUGUGUUCUCAAGUUAGGUCUCACCAAACAUCAAAAUAAAAUAACCAUCAAAGGUAUUGCAGACACCCAGGUCCCAGUGAACAAAGGUUCAGUAACAUGUAACAUAAGUCCUCUUAAGAACUCAAAUAUUUCUUUGAGUACUAAAGCAGUUGUAGUCCCAAAGAUAUCAUCUGAUCAGCCAAACAUUGAUAUUGACCCUACAAUCAUCUCAAGAUUUGAUAAUCUACAGCUCGCUGACCCCACGUUCUAUGAAAGCUCGCCUGUUGAAUUUCUAAUAGGAGCAGAUUUGUAUUUCGAUAUAAUAAAAGAGUCGCAUAAUAUCAUAAAAGGUGAACCCUCUGCAAUGAACACUAUUUUUGGAUGGAUAGUUGGUGGUAGAGUGGCCACUUCCUCCUGUCAAAGUGAGUGUUCUUAUUUUUUAAACUGUUGUGAAUCAGUUGAUAGUACUCUCAAAAGGUUCUGGGAGGUAGAAGCUGUUCAAAAUGUGAAGUAUCCUAGUCCAGAUGAUAUUGCAGUUGAAUCACAUUUCACAGAAACACAUAUCAGAGAUAAAACAGGCCGCUAUGUCGUAUCGUUACCAAUGAAACCUGAUGCACCCAACCUACCAAACACAAGAGAUAAGGCAGAGAAACGACUUAUCAGCCUAGAGAACAGAUUAAAAAGCAAACCAGAAACCUAUCUGGAGUAUAGAGAGUUUAUGGAUGAUUACCUAGCUCAAGGUCAUAUGAGUAUCACCAGCAACCCCUCACCUUAUAUAAUUCCCCACCAUUGUGUAAAAAAUGAGAACAGUAGUACAACAAAGUUGAGAACAGUGUUUAAUGCGUCUUUUAAGCCCUAUGCAAAUUCCUCUUCCCUCAAUGAUAUCCUGUAUAGUGGACCAAAGCUGCAAAGAGACAUAGGAGAGAUAAUAACUAAUUUUCGCCUACAUGAAAUUGUUGUGUGUGCCGAUAUAAAACAAAUGUAUAGGCAAAUCGUUGUGAAUCCCACAGACCGAGCAUUUCAGCACAUAUUCUACCGCACAAAUCCCAAUGGAGAUAUAAAUGAGUACGAGCUGAACGUAUUGACAUAUGGUGUAACAUCUAGUGCUUAUUUGGCACAAAGAGUAUUACUGCAACUGGUUGAAGAUGAAGGCAAAAGAUACCCACUCGCCUCUCAAGCUAUCACUCAUCAAACGUUUGUGGAUGAUAUUUGUACCAGUGUUGAUUCUCCUCAAGAAGCACUUCAGUUACAGCAGGAACUAAUUACACUUCUGGGAUUGGGAGGAUUCACCCUAAGAAAAUGGGCCAGUAAUUGCCACCAAAUAUUAGACAGCGUCCCGCUUGAUUGUAGAGAAAAUCCCCUCGCCCUACGCUCCGAAGACGACUCUGCUGUUAAAGUACUUGGAUUACAGUUUGAUCCCGCUGAAGAUGUAUUUUUCUAUGUAAUUAAACUUAACCCUGUAGUUUGUACCAAGCGCUCAAUGCUUUCUGAGAUUGCUAAAAUUUAUGAUAUUUUAGGAUGGAUAACACCCACUACGUUUUACGCCAAACAUAUCAUGCAGAGCACAUGGUUAUGUGGACUAGAGUGGGAUGACCCCCUACCAGAUGAACUUCGCAGUAAAUGGACAACAUUUAUUUCAACCCUUUCAAGUCUUUCAACCCUAAAGAUACCUAGAUUCAUCCCUACAACUCCUCACAGCACAAAUCAGAUAAUAGGAUUCUGUGACGCAUCUGAAAAGGGCUACGCAGCAAAUAUCUAUAUACGAACUGAAACCUCGGAAAACAUAUCAGUACAUCUUAUCAAAGCGAAAAGUAAAGUUGCCCCACUCAAAACAAUGAGCAUUCCUAGAUUAGAACUUUCUGCUGCUCAACUACUAACAGAAGUUGUAUUAUCUAGUACGCAUCUAACCCAGACUGUUGACCCCCAGAAUAUCAUAUUGUUUUCUGACUCAGCCGUUGUUCUUAUGUGGUUAAAAACUCCUCCUUACAAGUUAAAAACAUUUGUCGCAAACAGGGUUGUAAAUAUACUUGAGUCAACUAAUCCAAAACAGUGGCACCAUGUAUCAUCUAAAGAAAAUCCUUGCGAUUGCGCAUCCCGCGGCUUGACACCUGAAGAGCUUGUAAAUUUUGACUUGUGGUGGAAAGGACCUCAAUUUCUGUACACUCCCUUUGAUUCGUGGUCAUUACACCGUUCAUCUGAAGAAGAAGUAGAGAAGUUGCCAGAGAUUAGAAAAGAAUGUUUAUCUACAACAGUUGAUAACCAAAACAGCAUUGUAUUAGAAAUGCUUGAAAAAUAUUCUAGCCUGAGUAAAGCUAAAUUUGUAAUUUCUUAUGUAUUAAGGUUCAUCAAUAACGUCAAAAGUAACGCCAAAGGAACGCCGUUGUUAUCACCACCUGAAGAGGACUUCACGGAAACUAAGAUGAAUCGUUUGGAAAGAUAUCAACUCCUACAACAAGCUGCACAAUCUUUUUGGAAGCAAUGGUCUCAAGACUACCUACAAACAUUGAUACCCAGGAAUAAAUGGACUACAUCACAGCCAAAUCUUCAAGUCGGAGAUGUUAUAUACCUUCAAAACAAGGACAGCAGCCCUCUGGAAUGGCCUAUUGGAAGAGUGAUUGAGACAUACCCCGGACCAGAUGCUACAAAUCCCCUCAUCUACCCGCUCCUGGAGAAGAUUCACCCAUUCAAAGACUGUCCGCCCCUGGUGAUCUUCGCUCCCCGCUUCAGUCUACCGUCAGGCAUCUCUUCCGAACCAAAGGACUCAAAUCUCAAGUAA